UGAUGAUUUAGCAUAUUGACGUUGACAUUUACGGUAAAAUAGUGAGAAUAGUUCUUUCUUUUCAGGAUUUGGAAUUUUCAGUGAAUUUCGGAAGUUUCAUAGAACUUUAUUUUACAAUUAUUUACCGAAUAUAAUAUUCGUUAUGGAAAAUUCUCCGAGUAAAGAAGAAACCAAAACAAUUAAGCUACUUGCUAAAGGGAUCAUGGAAAUCUAUGAACCUCCGCUGGCCACAAUUAAUACUCAUUUAAAAGAAUUGACCGAAAAACAAGAGACCGUUCAAUGUAUGAUGACAUCUGAAAGAAGAAAACUAGAAGAUUUACAAAAUGAUGUGAUGCUUGAUGCUUUGUUAGCAGACAUUGCAACAAAUAGGGAAAAGCUAAUGUCCAUCACAAGUUCCAUGAUGGCCAUUCACAAGAAGGUCCAAUCAUUGCAGGCAAGAGCCGCUAUUGUAGAGAAAACAGCGAUACUAAGAGCCAGUCAGAGGCGAAGCUCUUCAAGUUAAUGAUAAACUAUAAUUUAUAUAAAUUCUUACAUGUACUGUGUAGUUCACUUGAGAAUAGAUCCGCUCCAUAUAUUUUCCAUGGAUGUCUUAAAAGCUGACUAAGGGAUAGGUUUAUUAAUGGCGGUAUAUGUUAUAUUUUUAUGUAAAAUGUUUAAUGAAUUAUAUUUUUGGUUAUUGUCUAAGUACAUAUCAAAUUUCGACAUAAUACACUACUAUAAUAUAUAUAUGUAUAUUGUUGCCACAUUCAACUCUGUGGCUUUAUGAUAGAAUCGAGAUUUAAAUAGUGACAGGUUUAUGCACAGGGCCAGUAAAAUGUAACUUUUUGAUCAACAAUAGGAGGAAUACCUUCGGAUCAUUUAUUUUUUCCACUAUAAGUGCGAAUGUAUGUGAGAAAUGAAACAAAAAAUAUAUUUUCCAACAUUUAUUAACUUCGUUACAACUAUUAUCACUAAUAAAUUAUGUUAUUGUUUGUUAUAUAGUGCUUGUGAUAGUUAAAAAAAAAUACUUGUUUAAAAAUUAUUAAGUAAUUUAUAGAAAUUACACUAAGUAAUUGUUAAAAUUGACACCACUAUUACUUAUGGCCACUUCUUUUUUUAUAUAUAUAGAUAAUUAUAUUAUCAAGAAUAUCUAUAGGGUCAAUUAACAUUGAAACAAGUCUCUACGCGACAUUUUUUUUUUCUUAAAAGGCAAAUUCAUAGUUAAUUUACAGUCGCUUUUUUUAAAUGCCGCGUCGCGACCACUCAUUAUAUUAAAUUAAUUAUAGUAAAUUGUGCAUGUAUUCCUCAAAUAA